AUGAAAUUCUUCGCAGCCAUCGUUCUUGUCGCCGCCGUGGCUUCAGCCACCCCCGUGGAGCGCCCCAGCGCCUCCGCAAUUUUAGAACACCUCGCCGAGGCCAUCGCUGCCCUCAAACCUGAACCUGUUGCUGUGGGACCCGCCAUAGUAGAUGCUGACUUCUCACCCAUCGCCAUCGGACCGGCCAUCAUUGAGAGCCCAGAGCCCGUUGCUGUCGGCCCAGCAUGGAUUGACUUCCCCCUUCCCGACGGUGGUGCUGCCGCUGCCCCCGUUGAACCCUCUCCAGUGGCUGUCAUCCCCGGCCCCGUGUCCUCCGAAAUUGCAUCUGGUACUCCCCUCGUUCAGAUCAUCUUGAACAUCAACCAGGCAUCUGCUGCCCCUAGCCCCAUCGCUGUUGGCCCCGCUGUCGCCCCUGAGGCUAUCGUGCCCACACCCGUCCACGUUGUGGAUGUUGCCCCUGAACCCGUGCACGUUGUGGAAGUCGCCCCUGAACCCGUCCAGGUUGUCGAGGUCGCCCCCGAGCCCGUCCAGGUCGUCGAAGUCGCCCCUGCUCCUGUUGAACCUGUCAUCAUCGGAGUACCAAUCCUCCCUGAACCCGUGGUCGCCCUCCCUGAAGAACUCAACUAA